AUGUAUGGUGUCAAACAUGUAGACAAAGUUAACCAAGCGCGGUUGGAAUUAUUCCAUGAAGCUUACAAGACCAAUGAUAGUCAAGAAUCAUUUGUUAAGAAUAUCCGGAAUUGUGAUGCCUCUAACUUACCACCAUGUUCAUCAGAAUUAAGACAACAAAUACUACGAAGCUCGUACAUUGCCAGUAUUUGGCUCAAUGCCCAUUUGCAACAGCCGACGGAAAAGUUGCCAGAAAAUUACGGCUUGAUCAUCAAUGAUAAUAAAUACGAAUUCUUGUGGUUUGAAGGAGAUCAAAUGCCCCAAUAUAUUAGUGAUGUACUCACUGAUUCCUCCAGUGAAAACAGCAAAGAUGAAAAGGGUGACAAUGAUUCAGAUAUGGACUCCCGUGCAUUGAGUGAUCUUGAUUCGGCAGACGAUGAGGAGGGUGAUUCCGACUGGCAAGAGGAUUGA